AACCAUGAAAACGGUAAUCUUUAUCGUUUUACAAAGUUUUAAUGAUGAAUAAGACUUCACAAACAACAGUCUUCAUGAAAUAGUACCGUUUGGAGAACAGGGAUGUUGAUGACCAUGAUAACCGGGCUUUUAACACUUUCAGCAUCUGUAGCACCAGAAUGUACUGUACAGCGACCGAUGUCUGAGCGUAGGUGUGUCCAUGGAUUUAUAACUUGUGAACACGGUUAUUGUGACAGGAUAACAGACCCGUGUACAUGUGAUAGUGAUAUUUGGUCCGGCGUUAAAUGUGAAAAAUUAUACUGUCCUCCAGAAUGUAAUGGACUGUGCGAAUGUAAUGACAAUAAUGUUGUAUGUUUGCAAGCUGAAACGAGCCAAAUUUCUGACAGCACAGUGCCUAUCACUCAAGUGGUCACCACUCAAACACACAACCCAAGAAACGAUGUUAUUCAACAGGAACAUGUAUGCUCAGAUAAUUACACACUACGUCCACUUUUAGAAAGAUAUUGCAUUGGAGUAUUCUGCAAGUAUGGGGAGUGUGUUGUUACUGAGCGGGGGAACCACAGAUGUCAAUGUGACCUUGGAGGAGAUGGAGAUUUAUGUGAAAAACGGUGCUGUAAAUCAUGUGGAAAUUUCGGUUGUAUGAUUAUCAAUGGAACAGAAUAUUGUGAUGACGAAAAUCCUCCUGGAAAAGAUACUAUAUUGGACCCAGUAGAGGAGAUAUGGUACUGGUACCUGAUCGUAGCUCUGGUGGUGGUAACAGCGUCAAUAAUUUUCAUGUUGUACAUACUAUGGUGGAAGAGAUAUAUACCUGUUUUAAAACUUGUUCAUUACUUCAAAUCUUAUGAAGAUGAUGAGGAAAGGGAAUGGGAUGCAUUUAUUUCUUACAAAAGCGAAGGAAAUGAUGAACAAUUUGUGCUGAAAUAUUUACAUCCCAAAUUAGAACUAGAACUAGGUUUUAAAUUGUGUCUUCACUUUAGAGACUUCAUCCCUGGCAAUGCAAUCGCCAAUAAUAUACUGCAGUCUGUUACUAAAAGCAGACGAGUUAUCUUGUUGUUAACGCCCAGAUUUAUAGAGAGCGAAUGGACCAAGUUUGAAUAUCAAAAAGCUCAAUAUGAGAUGAUUCACGGAAGACAAACAAUCAUACCUAUAAUACUGGAAGACAUUUCGUCCUUCAAAAAGACUAUGGAUAUCAAUUUACAACAUAUCCUAAAAUCAGUUACCUAUUUAGAAUGGCCAGGGGUAGAUAACCCGUCGAAAGAAAAGAAGUUCUGGACAAGGUUAAUGUUAGCGUUGCCAAAAAGAAAAGAAGUUGAAGAACGCAUUCAAACUUCUGAUGAUCCUGCUAGUCGAUAUAGUGUUCAACAUGACCUACCGGGAUCAAUUAUUUAUACAAAGGAAGAAAAAAACUUAAAGCCAAACAACACAAUAAUACAACCAGUGGUCAAACUUGAAAAAGAAGAAAAGAUUCUUAGUGAUAUAAUUGCUAGGAAAACUUGUGAAACCAAAAAUUGUGAAAUUUUACUGGACUCCUACAAGUCAAUUCCAUUAUAAUAGAUCAAUUAAUACUUUAUCAAUUGUUAUAAAAUUAAAGUAGACAGGAGGGUUUUGUAGAUGGUAGAUUGAAAACAUAUUUUAUAUAAAUAAAUGUGCACAUUCUA